GGGAAUGAGCGGAGGAGAUGGCAUGGAACGAGCCGUACAUGUCUUCUUGGCGACCCAGGAUGCACACAGCUAUGCACCAAUUCUGACUGUUCCCUGUGUAAUAUCAUCCGCUCGUCUUUCAACUUGGAUCACUAUGGAACGGGAACCGGUUGGGGAAGAUUUGGACGCGGACACUACACGUCGGCCACUUCAUCGAAAUCCGACGAUUACGCGAAGAACUUGGGAUAUGCGACCACGUCGAACUACAAGACCAUGUUGCUGAACCUCGUAGCUGUGGGGAACGCUUUCAAGACUUAUGAUGACAUGGAUGACCUGACCUCUCCGCCCGCGGGUUAUGAUGCUGUCAUCGGUGAGGUCGGCGGAACGUUAAAUUAUGAUGAGCUUGUAGUCUAUCGGAACGACGCGAUCAUACCUGCGUAUCUUGUUGUUUACUCGUGA